AUGAAGCAAAACAAGGAAACAAAUAAAGGAGUGGAUGUGGGGACGACAAAUUCGGAAGCGAACGCCCAAGUAGCGGCGCAUGGGAUUAAUGAGAUGGACAGUUAUGUUGAUUUGGCGAGCGUGACGGUCAAGUACAGCGUGUAUACUUCGUGCCUCCUGCUGCUGUCCAGCCUUCAGUUGCACUUCAUGUGCGAAGAGAAAGGCCCCUCAUCCCUCGUCAAAAAAAAAAAAGCAGGACAUUCAAACGAAGUAUACGCAGAGAAAGAAAAAGAUACCUAUCAUGAUCAACAGCAGCGGGAGCGGGAGCGGGAACGACUUGGUGGAAGGGCCACUACCAAUUCCCACUUCGUACGAGACUACGAAAUGUUCCAUGCAGAGCAGAAAAGGCCCCAACUGAACGACCCAGCGGCUUGUCCCAUACCGCUCUAUAAAAAAAGGUGA